UCGGCCAGAAACCUUUAAGCGCGCUCUCUGCUGCCACGUGACAUAUUUACAACAUAUGUACUAACAUAAAAUAGGUUAAAAUACUGCUUUACGCGUCAGAGGUCAAGAUCAUUUAGUAUAAUAUUCCAAGUUUGGAGCUCAUGCGGCCGGCGGUGAAAGUGGCGAAUACGAGCACUCGGGCAGCGGCGCGAGACGGACGCGGGCGUGCUAGCGGGCCCGACGUGGCGGAAGUGAAUUGAAAAAUAUCUCGCCGUGGUUGCAACACGGGUCGCAUAUGUUGCGUUCGCGGCGAGCGCAGCGCGAUUAUAGUGACAUGAAGUUACCGUAAAUAAACGCUCCGUGUUCCAAGUGUCAACUCGAUCGUGUUUUGUAUUUAUCAAACAUGUUAAAUAGUAGCGACAGACGUAAUAGAUAGGAAACAGUGAUGGCCGGCAGCGGAGGAGUCGAGCCGGCGAGCUUGGAGUACAUGGAGGAUCCGUACUUCCUGCCGCCGGACGACGGCUCGACGCCCAGCUUCGAUGUGGCCGUGGACGAGCUGGACGAGCUGGAGGAGCGCGCCUGGCCGCAGGACGACCUGGACGCGACCUGGCGCGCGCUCCCGGACCUCGCUGAUGCAGCACUGUGCAUCGAAACAGAAUUCUACAUGGACAAUCGGCGCAGAAGGCUCCGCAUAUUCAAAAAGAAAAUGCGUGAAGUUAGAGUCACCUUCCAAGAUUUAUCUAAGCCGUAUCUUGCCAAAGUGUCCAGCCACACGAAUUAUAAAAAGUUUUUAGGUAUCACACCAGGAGCUGAAGAGGUGAUACCCGGUGCGGGCGCCGGCGGAGACUCGCAGACGCCCGACGAGCUCGUCGGCCUCACGCCCGAGCAGGCCGAGCAGCUCCGCGCGGAGUGGAGUCGCGAGCUCGCGCGCGUCGACGAUGAGAUCGCCACCCUGCGCACCGUGCUCAACAGCAAGAUGCGUCAAAGCUCCGAACUUAAAAGAAAGCUCGGCAUCACAGUGUGGAAGGAGAUUACUGAAGACGUCAAUCAGGGUUUCAAAAAUGUGAAAGAAAGCCAAGUCUAUCAAUCAAUAGAAACUCGCGUGGCAGCGCUUACUCAAGCUGUGACCGAAGCACCAAUAUACCAAAAAACGGAAUCUGUGAUAAAAUCGACGGCGGAGAAGACCACCUCGAUCCUGGGAGGCAUCACCGCCGGCGUGUCCACCAAGCUCGGCCAGAUGCGCAACUCCGAGUCCUUCCGCUCCAUCGAGGAGCGCGUCGGCUCCGCCUACGAGAACGUUAAGGGCAAGGUGGCAUCGCGGUCGAACUCGACGCAGAGCUUCGACGAGGCGCUUCGCGACGCCAGCCGCGCGGCUAGCGGCGCCGCCUCGCCCACCAUCCCCGAGCACAAGCCGCUACCCUAGUGCGGCGCACACACACACACACACACCGGAC